GCCCGUCACAUUGGCGUGCUAAUCAGAGACAGUAUUUUCGCUAUUUCUACUUACGAAAAACAUUUGUAACGCAAGGCCGCAAUGAAAUCGCGAGGUGAUGGACGUCUUUAUUGUUAGUUAAUAAUUUUAUUUACCCAUUGGACCUUGGUCGUGGUAGAUUUUGUGACUGAAAAACCUCGAUGCGCUGUCACAUUUGACAGGCGGGCGGUACACUGGACAGUGGACUACCUACCGUUGUACUUUUUGCUGGACUAAUUUAAUAAUAAAACGCGUUAAUAUAGCUCUAGUCUUCAGUUAUGUGGAGCGCGCGCUAAAUAUACUACUUUUGGAUUAAAAUCCCGGCUUGAAAGUGAUUGGAAGACAAAUGAGAAUCCGCUACACUUCAACGGGAAAGUAGUGUUCCAACAAUUAUUCAAAUUUUAAUAAGUGAUGUUUCUUCUUUGGAUCACCAUCACAUUUAAACACUAAAUUAAUGUGUUUGAUACACGAGCGCGUGAUGUGAUGUAGAUUUACACGAUUAUUAUUGAGAACUUAUCAAAAGACUUAAUAAAAAAUUUAUAAACAAAAAUAGAGUUUUUGCAAAUGUUGACGUAACAUUAAGUGUGUUUGGUGACGUAUUAUUACACGUUUACACAAAAUAACGCAAUAACGGAAUAACGCACUGGAUAAGGAUUUAUCCUAAGUGGAUUAUAGAGAUACACUAGCACAGGUGCUUAAUUGCAAUUGGUGUCAAUUAAGAACGGAUUAUUAGAUCUAUUUCGUCAAAGGUUGGCUGGGAUGAUGGGCGUGCGUUACGGCGCCACCUGGUGAGGACCAUGAUGGACUACCACAGCAUCAGCAGCUACCGUGCCAUCAUCGCCUCCACCACCGCCAUCAUUAACCCGCAGAAGCGGCAGCAUGCGCUACAAGAAUCGUCUGGUGGCGAUUCAGGGAACACUAGGGGCGACAACAGUUAUACAGUGUUUGACCGCAGAGAGUACCUGGUGAAGGAGUUGUUGGCCACUGAGCGGGAAUAUCUCAGACGUCUCCAACAUGUCCUGGAAAACUAUGCCGAACCUUUCAGGAAGUUCACCUCUUUAACAGUGGAGGAACAUAAAGUGCUGUUUGUGAGCCUGGAACCAAUCAUCUCUCUGUCAGCCAUGGUUGCCUCAAAGUUGGGUGAUGCAGUAGAACACUGGGACACCACCAGCACUAAAAUUGGUAACUCGUUUCCAAAACAAUUGUGGAAUCACUACUCUGAUUAUGCCAAGCAGUACACUAAUGCAAUAAAACCAACACUCGACGAAAAAUAUGAUGAUGAUGAAAGUUUCGUAGAAUUUCUCAAAUUGCGCAGAGGUAGUUCUGAACUCACUCUUGAGAAUUUGCUUCAACUUCCUGUUCAGCGUAUCCCGGAGUACGACAAGUAUCUGAAUGAGCUUCUCCAGGAGACUGAUCCGGGUCAUCCGGAUUACGAUCAUCUGAGUCGCGCAGCAGCAAAAGUCAGACAGAUGGUGAAGGAGCGGGAGGAUGAGCUGGAGAACAUGGACAACAUGCGGCGUAUGGAGCGUGUGCAGUACAAGUUUCCUCAUGAUGACCUUCAGCUGCAAAACAUUGAGAGAAGACAUCUAUCUGCCAGGCGCAAAUCAGCCCCAGGUGCCGUGCUGUUUAGGGGCAGCAUCAAGCCAAAGAGCUCCAACAAUAUACUGUCCAGUAACAGCAUGGGUAAGAAGGAUCCGGAGAUAUUCCAGUACAACAACUUCAACCGACAGUACCUCAUGGAGGGCAAUGUCGAGUUCUCAAGGGGUAUGCAGACGCAAGAUCGAUACAUGUUCUUAUUCAGCGACCUUCUCCUAGUAGCAAAGCAAAAGUCAAACACAAAGUUUAAGCUGAAGCACAGAUUACCGUUGGGAGAGCUGUGGGUCGCCUACUGCAUUGACGAGGUGACGGAGCUGACCCUCACUCAGGAACACUCGUUUGUGAUUGGCUGGCCUACAACAAACUACGUGGCGACGUUCCAAAGUGUCGAACUCAAGGACACGUGGCUCGUCAAGUUCAAAGAACAAAUAGAAGAAGAACGGUCAAAACUUAAACCAGAAACAUUGCCACUUGAGGUUCAUCAUAAAAAGAAUGAAAAGACAUGUCACAUAGAUGUUGAGAGGACUACAGAUGUACAGACAGUUAUUGCACAGUGCCUACAGCAACUCUCCAUUCCUGAGGAUCAGGCCAAGGACUUCCAGCUGUGGUGUCGAAUGGGUCCAGAUGAGUCCCCUUACCCACUCUGUGGGCAUGAGCUGCCUUACGCAAUCAAGAUGAGCCAAAUACGAGACUUUGUGAAGCACAAGGACUUCAACAUGCCCCCAAAUGAGAUCCAGCGAAUUGUGGAGGAAAUGACGGAAAACAACCACAAAAACGAGUUCUUUUUGAAGACCAAAAAGUCGCAAAAACGGCACAGCCUCGAAGAAACAACAGCAACAAAACCAACAAAAACAAAACGGAAGUUCACUAUUUUUCGCAAAAAUCGGGAGGAUAAAAAGCCCCAGCCUCAACUCUUUGGCAGGAACUUGACGGACGUUACAUCGCCAGAAUGCUUGAUAGCGAAACCAGUAAAAGAGUUGCUGACGAUUUUAUUUCGAGAGGGUCCAUAUACAGUGGGCAUCCUACGGAAAUCGUGCAAUGCAAAACUGGCGAAAGAUCUGCGACAGAAGCUGGAUGACGGGGAAGACUGCAUUAAUUCAGAAACCUGGCCGGCACUGGUUGUAGGAUCCAUACUCAAGGACUAUUUGCGGUGUAUUCCGAAGAGUCUUCUGAGGGAGGAACUAUUUGACGACUGGAUAGCAGCAAACAGCUUGGAUGAUCCUGCAGAGAAAACAAACAAACUAAAAGACACAAUAUCCAAGCUGCCAGCCACAAAUCGUGAGCUAUUACGCCACUUCAUGUGUGUUCUCUACCACAUUGAUAAAAAGUCAGAGGAAAACAAAAUGACUGCCUACAACCUGUCUGUGUGUAUUGCACCGAGCCUCCUGUGGCCAAAAGGGAACAACGAUCCCCUGGCCACGCCCCCUGCUGUGCUGCAGUUCAUGAUCGAGCACUGUGCCACCGUGUUCGGGGAGGACACGGUCCACUUGUUUGGUGACAACGUAGAGCAGAAAAUGCGCCAAGAUUCCAGCACGGACUCCGACAGCAUGCAUAGCGUUUUGAGCUCACACAGUAACUUCCGUCGCGACGACUCUUCCAUCGACAGUCUGGAUCACGAGGUGCUUUACGGUCGUGAGAUUGACUCGAGCCCAAGUGCCCUGAAGUCGCACCACUUCUCUCCAUCAAACCUGAGCGGAGACUCCGGUCUCAUAAGUGACUCUCAAUACUGUGAUGAGGACGGAAAUGGCAACGAAAUUUCGAACAUGCGUUCUUAUAACCGUAGUAACUCAGACUUUUUACAGCGGGAUAUUUCAAAUGAAGAUGAACUUGAAACUGCGAGUCAUAGUUUGAACAGUUUGGAGAUCCAGUAUUUGUAUCAAGGUUACGAUCUGCAGAAUCCAGUGCCUCCACCUAGACGACGGAGUCGUAAAGGUCAAGGUGAAAAUUCAAAUUCGCCAAAUAUGGAGAAUGAUAGACGGCCAAAUCGAUACCUCUCUCAGGCAAACUUUAACAUACCACCACGGUCUUACCGAAUGACUAAUAGUCAGAGUGUGGACCGGUUUAAGCGAAGGUCCACAGAAUCGCUGAAAAGUGUGGAGGAAAGUUCGGAGGCAGAUUCUGAACUGAAUGUUAAAGCGUACCGAAAAUCAGAGCUGACACUGCUCAAAUCCCCAAGUGGUUAUCAUUUAUACUUACAAAAUACAAGUGACGGUGCUUUGCCGAUGUCGCCUCAGUCGAAAUACUCGCUAAGUAGUUCUCGUGACAGUGUGUUGAGUGACUCCUCUGGUUCUUACUUAAACAGACAAAAUAGUCCCGAGCCGAUGUCUUCCUCCGCAGAAACACCUGACCAGGAAGACAGUGGCAUGUCAGAAUGGCUGAGUCACCAAUCAAAGCAUGUGAUGUACUCUGGCUCCAAACAUUUACAAAGACGGAUAAGCCAUGAUGAUAGUGAAGUUGGCCUCAAAAUUGACAAGAAACCAGUGAGUAAAGUGAACUAUUUAAUAUCGCCAAAAACCUCACCAAAACUGCAAAGGCGGUCGCCAAUUCCUCUUGAGGCAAGACGAUCAUUCCCUUUGCAACCAACAUUGGUCCAAAGAGGUUCUGGGUCUAAUACGUCUAAAGAGGCGGAGGAUAUUAUCAAGUCCCCAAAGCUGUCUGUCAUAUACUGUUCUCAAGAAGGGCUCGAUCGGCACGAUGUUCCUCAUCCCAAAGACAAACAAGCAUCUCCUCAUUUGGAUAUCUACAACAACAACGCAUUUAUGAAGCAGCUGACCAUGUAUGGUGCCGGGCUGCAAGGCUCCUCACCCCCACCCCGUGUUGUUCUACAAGGACUUUCGAGCCAGUCGCAGGCUGCAAAACCUUCCCAAAAUAUGCCUGUGCGAGGUAAUCAUUUCAUACUAACUGCGGCUGAUUUUGCAAACAAGAAACAAAAAUAUCCAAUGGAGGAAGCUUCAGUAUCAAGUGAAGAUGAAGAUGAUGGGGAUUCAGAUGAAGUGGAAACAUACAGGGUCCAGACAAUAUUACCGAAUGUGCCAUUGAGAUUUAACACCUCUAAACCAUUGAUUGAACAUCAUAAAAGUGCUAGCGACAGCUCUAGUCAUUCUGAAGAUACUGUAAAAUACAGGCCAGAAAACCCACCAGCUUACGACGUUGCUGUCCACAGAAAUAGACUGUUAAAACAAGGUCUUUCUCCAGACAAGAGAAGUGAUGACGAAAUUGAGACGGAACGUCAGCGGGAAGCUAGCCUGCGUGCAAAACAAUUAUACGAGGAGUCAAUACGUCAGUUCCAAGAAAGGCAACUGGUAUCUCAGGCUGUGAAACAAGAACCAAAUAUUGUUUCAAAAAAUGACAGCGUCUCCUCAGAUGAGUCUGAGACAGCCUCCUGUUCGAGUGAAGAAGAGGAACCAAAAUAUAACCCUCACAAAAUCUAUGAAGAAUCUUUAAAACGAUUUCACGAAGAACAGCUGAAAUCAUCUCCUUUAACUGUUGAUGGUAAAAACAUUUCGCUUUUGCAAACUAAAGGAGAUGAACUAGAAGCUUACUCCGGAGUGAAGGUUGGGCUCAGUGCGGCUAAUAGCAAUCCUAAAUCUGAAUCUCCCAGCCAUUCAAGAACCUCAUCGGGCAGUAGCAAGACCAGUAGCAAUGAAUCAACACCAACGGCGCGUCCCAUUCAGCCCCCACCGUACAAUAACCCCCCGCCCUAUCACAGCCAGCAGAAGGAAACCAGUCCUGGCGAUGCAAGGAGGCAUUUGUUCCCCACAGCGGAUGACUCCGCAGUUCUUGUAGAGCGCAGUGUUGCCCAAGGUACACAACAAACUGUUAAUGCAAGAAGUGAUGUGUUCAAAAGCUCAAAUCAAAAUGCUCACAGUGCAUUUGGUGUUCCCAAACGAAGAGACAAUAUACUUGUGUCAAACAGAUCAAGAACUAAUGUUGUCAAUAGUGUGGAUCGGCUUAGGGGACCUAAUGUUUCGCACAGUGCAGAUUUCUCUGUUCAGAGUGCCCCCAAGGAGGCUGGUUCCUUGUAUCGUGCUAAUGUGACAAACAUUCGAGCAUGUGCUCCUCCUACUCAGGUAAAAACUGUGAACCCCUCUAGUGAUGCUGGAAGUCAGCCGGGGGCAAGUGGCGUGUUAAAGCCUCGUGCGUCGUCAGUUGAACCCAGCAUUUCACAAACUGUUGUUUCUAAAGCAGUAACAGAUACGCAGGGACCCAUCUCUUACAGAAAUCCACAGUUUAGUAAGUCUUCAACUAGCAUGAAUGUCGUGAAAUCAGUGUCUUCUGUGCCGCCACAGCGGGAACGGAGAAGCUCAGUGGAUGGUUCUAGCAAUCGACCAAAUCCUGAGAAAGACUUGCCUUGGAGUGUCAAACGACUAAGUAACAUUUUUGACACCGUAAAAGUUGACGGAAAAUCUUCGUCAGCAAACUCAUCACCCGUUUCAACUACCACGCUAUUAUCAUCAACAAAAUCAUCGCCAUCGUUUGCAUCAUCGUCUCGUUCAACACCCAGUCAUGAUGAACAAACAAACUUUAUUCUCAGCGACACUGUGCGAUCGAGCAUGUCGAGUAAUAGCAGCAGCAGGAGUAGUUUAAACCAGUCUAGAAAUUCCGUUUCGCCAGUCAAGAAAUUCGGACCAUUGGCUAGGGAUUCAUUUAGUUCUUCAGACAGUUCGGAAUGUUCUUGUAGAUACUCGCUUAGUUGUCGUCGUGACAAUGACAACUUGGAAGAACUGAGUGACGCAAGUCUAACUGACAUCACAUAUGUGUAAAUGCUUGAGGAUGUUUAUUACUGUAUGUGACGUUCAAAUAAUAUAAGAGUGAUAUGUAUGUAAUUGAAACAAGUAAUGUGGAAUAUUCUCCAAUUUGCAAAAUUUUAUUUGACUUAAUGUGUUCAACAUUUUAGAAUUAUUUUAUCAUUUUAUUCUGCUCAUAAUUAGUAUAUACAUGUAUGCAAAAGUUAAAAUCUGUUGAACUGUAUAGAAAAUAGUUAAUUCAUGAAUAUCUUUAAAAUACUCUUCAUUUUUAUCCUGCACAUAUUUUUCCUACCUCCAUUCCAUCUUGUAGAAGAGUAGCUUAUCAAAACUGUACAAAUUGAUGUAGCAAAAGUUUGUUAGAUUUUUCAAAUGUGCUGUCUUGUAUAAUAUACUACUGUAAAUAUAUUGAAACAUCUUAUCUUUACAGAUGUUAUUCGACAUGCUCCUCAAAAUUGAUAAUUCAACAGUUUUCCUGUUGUUAUAAGGAGUGACUGUGAUAUGUAGAAAAAAAACGGGACAAAAUUUGUUCUUUUUAAUUUCUUGUAGAAAAACUAGUAUCUUAUUGGUUUAUAUUCAAUAUGAUAUGUUAAUUGUAAUUUUACAGUUAUUUCUAUAUGAGAAUUGUACAUAGACCCCUACCCUUGUAAAAAAGUUCUAUAUACCAUUUGAACUGCAUCAUGCAAAAAGGUAUCUUAUGCCAUAAGCAGCCAGUGAAGCUUCAGACGAGCCUACGCAGAUGCGCAGUCUUGUCAAGAGCAAGCCUGACUGCUUAAAAGUUGUUCAGGUUUUGUUGUUUAAUUAUUGAACAUCCUAGCUGCUGACCAGACUGUGCCAAUGCGCAGAUUGGUUUGGAGCUAUGCUGGCCGCUUGUGGCUUAAGACCCAUUUUUGCAUGAUGUGGGUCAUUUAAAUUAGGAUGAAAAGAAGCCUCUAUUAGAUGUCAUUCUUUCUAGUUGUCAACCCAACUGUUGCAAAUUUUUUAAAUGAUUAAAAUUUAUUUGCAAACCAUAAAGUAGAUUAAUUAACUGCAUGAUAUUUUAGCAAUAUUUUGUAUAUUGUAUUACUUGUUUUAUAUGAAACUUUGACGCCUUCUUUAUAACUCAGGUUUGUACAUGAAAAGAUUCAAUGAUUAUUAUGUACAUUUAUGCAUAUUUAUGAAUAUUAGUUAUGAAAUAUAAUAGUGCUUAUUUCAUUAUUAAUAAAACUGUUGAAUAAAAAUGUUCAAUAUAAA